AUGCCGCCUAUCUGUGUCAGUGAUAAUAAUAACAGUGGAAAGGACCUUCUCCAAACUCAAGCUGGUGAAGACAAAGCUACGCAGCCUGUCCAACCGGUUUGUAAGAGUAAGAAUAGGAAAUCAUUUAUCUUCCCCAUUCAAACUAGAAGGUGUUCCACAGGGGUGUGUGCUGAGUGUAACUUGUUUUCUGUUGCCAUUGAUAGCGUCAUCAAUGAAAUUUCAAAUCCUGUACGGGCCUCACUUUUUGUUGAUGAUCUAGCUAUUUAUUGCACUGCAUAUGUUGCUGAAUCGGCUUGCAAGUAUUUACAAAAAUCCAACGACUCUAUCUCUCGAUGGGCAAAACAAAAUGGUUUUAGGUUCUCUACACGUAAGACAGUUGCUGUUCGCUUUACUAGGAGUAGACGUCAAGAAGUUGUACCAAAUUUGAAACUUGACGGGUCUGUUCUACCAUAUGCGGAUGAUGUCAAGUUCUUAGGAAUGAUUUUUUAUUCCAAACUCACAUGGUCUAAGCAUAUUGAAAAUUUAAAGUGCAAAGUAAAGAAAUCUCUCAAUCUUCUGAAAUUGGUUUGUGGCUUUAACUGGGAUGCAGAUAAGAAAACUUUGCUACAACUAUAUGAUGCAUUAUGUAGAUUAAAGUUGAAUUACGGAUGCCAGAUUUAUUCAUCAGCUUGCAAAAGUAAACUCCACGAACUUGAUGUAAUCCAAAAUAUGGGUUUACGUAUUUGCUCUGGGGCUUUUCCAACAUCCCCCGUCGAGUGUCUUCAUGUGGAUUACGCACCACCUUCCACUUGA